GUUGCGUUCACUUCCUGUUUACUGCUGCACAGACAGGCUGGAGUACACUGAUUGCAACACACUUCUCUGGCUCUCGUCCUUCAUUACAGCAGCAGCAGCAGCAGCAGCAGCAGCUCUCUCAGCUUCUCUGUCUUCUGCUCCACCUCUCUCUGUUCGCUGCCGUGCUCGUGUUUACCAAGGAGACAUGGAGACGUGACAUUGAGGAAACGUGAGCAGGCCGGGAGGGAUCCCGGAGCUUUCCUGACCGCAGCUGACGGACUGCGGUCCGGUUUGUGCUGCACGGAGCCGCAUCACUUCACCUUGUGUCAGUCUUACAGGGAUCAUGUGGUGGAGGACUACAACGGUCUGAAAUUGUGUCUGAGGGGUUUUCGAGGGUUUCGUGUCAGGGGAAACCGAGCUAACUAAGCCUGGGCAGCUGGAGCAUUGUGUUAGCUAGCAGUGCUAACUCCUCGGUGCGAGGGGCUGGCUGUGCGGGCUGGCAACGGCUUCUGUGCGGAGAGAGUAGCCGCUCGCCGGUGCCCUGAAUUCAGGACGAGUCCCCGGCUCCGGCCCCCUCAAGCGGGCAGUCAGGAAGAAGCUGGCUGGGAAGGGAUGGCCUGGUCGGUCUUCCCGAACCAAAGGACAAGGUUCUGCGGUGUUUGAAGGAGGUCGAGUUCGGCUACAGGCCAUCGCCGCGGGUCGAGGCGCUAUGAUGGCCGCCUCGUCCUCCCCGGCCGGCGGCUUCACGGGCUCCGGGCUGUCGGUCAGAAAGAGCGAGGAAAUAGCGGAUUUGAUAGAUUUGUUUUCCAAGACGCAGUACAGAGCUAAGGAAGUCACUCCUCGGGUAGAGGCGAUAGAGAGGCGAUGUCUGGAGUUAUUUGCCAGAGAUUACAAGUACAGUAUCAUCCAUAACGCCAAUGGUGAAGUGUGUGGACAUUACCCCCGACAGAUAGUUUUCCUGGAGUACGAAUCCACAGAUGCCGAGAGCAACAGGUUUGAGAGCACAUUGCAGAUCAGUAAGCUGCAAGACCUAGUGAAUCGGAGUAAGCUGGCUCGCUGCAGAGGAAGGUUUGUCUGCCCCGUCAUCCUCUACAACGGCAAGCAUAUUUGCCGGUCGUCCACUCUGGCAGGCUGGGGGGAGUUGUAUGGACGCACGGGCUACAACUACAUCUUUUCAGGGGGCAGUGAUGACACGUGGACAGAGUCAGAGGAGGUUCCCGAGGAUGACAGUGCCGUCAGGAACGGAGACUCGCAGCUCUUUGACAAGGUCCGAGGCCACGACAUUAAGCUGCUCCGUUACCUUUCGGUUCGCUACAUCUGUGAUCUGAUGGUGGAGAACAAGAAGGUUAAGUUUGGCCUAAAUGUGACAUCAUCUGAGAAGGCUGACAAGGCUCAACGCUAUGCAGACUUCACCUUGCUCUCUGUGCCUUAUCCAGGGUGUGAGUUUUUUAAGGACUACAAAGACAGAGACUAUACAGCUGAAGGUCUGGUGUUCAACUGGAAUCAGGACUAUGUGGAUGCUCCUUUGACAAUCCCUGUGUGCUUUACUCAGAACUUGAAUAUUGACUGGACUCAAUACCAGUCGUGGGACCUGGUGGAGCAGACCCAGAACUACCUGAAGCUGCUGCUCCACUUCAUCAACAAUGAUGAUCAGAGCGGCCUCCUGGUGCACUGUAUAUCAGGCUGGGACCGGACUCCUCUGUUUGUGUCCCUCCUCAGGCUCUCCCUGUGGGCAGACGGUGCGGUGCAUGCCAGCCUGGAGCCAGCUGAGAUCCUGUAUCUGACCAUCAGUUACGACUGGUUCCUCUUCGGUCACAUGCUGCCAGAUCGACUCUCCAAAGGGGAGGAGAUUUUCUUCUUUUGCUUCAAUUUUUUGAAGCACAUUGUCUCAGAGAAGUUCUCUGCUGUUAAGAAACAGAGAAGGAAGAACUCUCACUUCAAGGACAGUGAUUUCACUGUGGAGGAUCUCUGCCAGUUAAAGUCGAGGGAUCGUGGCAGUGUGACCAGUCUCAGCAGUGAGUUCUCCCUCAUUACUGAGGAAGUGGGUGGCAGCCUCAACAACGACACUGUGGACCUGUUCUCCAGCCAGCCCCAGGCCUCCAGCUGGAGAAAAGGUCCUACCUCCUCUCCUCAGAUGGUUGUUUGGAAUAAGCAGCACCCUCUGGAAGAGCACCUCUCUCAUCCACUUAAUGAGGCCAGGUCUUCCAGCUCCUCCUCUUCCAACCAAUCCGAUCAUGCUGUCACGCGCACUGGCAGCAGCCCAUUGGCUGUCCCCGGGAGAAGGUUAGCAGCAGAUUACACUCGGUCAGGUUCGUCGCUCUCUACAGAGUAUGGCAGUUGGCAGAUAGUUUCUGGUUGUGGAAGCAUCCAUGACCAUGCUCCCUUCCCUCCGCAACUGGCCUCCACCUCCUCCACCUCGUCAGCUGUGGCUGCUGCCUAUGACUCCCCUCUGCCCUUCAGUUUUAGAGAGGACGGAGCCAGUGGGCGACUGUUUCCCUUCCCCUCGGAGCGCCAGGCCCGUCUGGAGGCAGUGCGGGAAGUCUUCCUGGCAGCCUACAGCUCCACCGUGGGCCUCAAAUCUUCGGCACCGAGCCCCUCUGGCGCCAUCUCCGGCCUGCUGGAGCAGUUCGCCCGUGGGGUCGGUCUCAGAGGCACCAACGCCAUCGUCUGAACCCUCUCAAUGUGACUUCAGACCCUCCUUCUGCUUCCAUCCAUCCACAUGUCUGGACUCAGUACAAUAAAGUGCCAAAUAUCUCUGUUCAAUUCAGGGGUGACGCAUUAAUUUUUUUUUGUUGAAUCUUCUUUGCUUGUCCAUGGCCUGGAUUUAAUUGUUUUCUGUGCUGCUCCAGCUUUUCUCUGGAUUUUUUAUCUUCCAUUUUGAGUUACUCUGUCACGUUCAGGGAGGGACAUGUUUUCAGCCAUUGUAUCAAAAAGGGAUAGUUGGAGAGCUUUGUAGCUGCUGAAAUGUAACUGGCUGAAAACAUGGGGUUGGUAACGGAUUCUUCCUUCCUCUGUUUUUCCUUUAUCUCUUCAUACAUUUUGAAUCCCUGAGGAGUCCUUGCAGUGACAGUGCAGCUGUCCCAUGUAUAGGAAGCAAUAUGUUUGUUUUUUUGUGCUGCUAUUCUUUACUGAUCCGAGCACAGGGAGGUUCUUUAGGUCAGGUGGAUGUGCAAAGUGAGACAAACACAGCACUUGAUUUGUUCUGACAGAAAUGGCCCCGAGCUGCUUUUUGUCUGAUAAUUUGACACGGAAUCAGUUUUAGAUUUUACAGCUUUGGGUCAAGAGGAUGGAUCAGAGUUUUUUUAAGUCAGUGUUAGUCAAUAAUGCAAUAUUUAUAUACUAUAUGUACACUAAGAGUUGUUGGUCACUGUAACUAUUACUCCCAGUCCACGAAGAGAUCUUUUUACAGCGCGACUAAACUGUAGGAAAUGGAGGCUGAAUUCCCUGGUUCUUGUUCUUUGCAAAAAUUCAUUCAAAAGUUCAGCUCAAGUGGAUUCACUGCUCGGGUGUUGCCCUUAUCUUACAUCAUAUUGUGUGACCUGGUUAGCAAUUACGGUCUAUGUAAAAUCCCACAUGGUUUAAAGGGCUCACUAUGUAGGUCAUUUAUGAAUGCUGUCUUCUGAUUACAUCUAAAGGCAAACAUUUAUAUGGACGUUUAGAGUCGUUCUAAAUAGCUGCACUUUGAGGGCUGGAUGAACAGCCUGCUGUUGCAGCGUUGCAAGGAAAGAUGAACUGUAACAACGGGGAUGUUGCACUAUGUCACGUCAAGUAGUAAAGAAUGGAAAAGGAAAGCUUGAGGGAAAAGCUCGCACACAGCCCAUGUUCUCGUCUCUGGACACCUGUCCACAGCGUGAAGUGGGCUUGCAUUUUGGACGGUCGGUUUUGGAAAGUUAUAUAAUUGUCUGACAAUUUAGUUGCGCUACAGAAUGAUCUCUUCGUAGCCAGGAUCGACAGGAAGAAUGAUUGUGACCAAGAACUUUUGAGAUGUACAUGAAUUUAAAAAAAAUAAAUCUGAUCCUCUCCUUUAA